AUGAAAAAUAUUGUUUUAAUAAUUAUUGUAAUAUUCAUCAAUUUCGCUUUUGUUACGGCAUCCCUGAAUUGGGAAAGAGACGAAUUAGACGAAUUACCUGAUUUGAGGAAUCGUUAUGUUAACAAAAUAUACACCAGAAACUCAUCUUUGGAAGCAAGGGCUAAAUCCAGUCGCCGUUGCGAAACAGCCGGAUAUUACUUAUGUCCAGAUAAAUCGGGAUGUUGUCCGAACGGCGAAGAGUGCAUAAAAGACGGCUCCUCUUACGUAUGUAACGGUAACUGUACCGUCAGUUCUGUAGAUUGUGGAGACGGUUAUUGCUGUAAGGCGGGUCAAGUUUGCGUUGGCUAUGGUAGCAGUGGUUAUUGUAAAACUCAAAAGAAAUCAUCUGGUUCAACCAUCAGUCCAGCC